AUGCGCCUUCACUAUCUCCUUUGGCCUCUCGCGGCUCACGCAGUGAACAUUGUGUCGUCGAAUGAUGAUGGCUGGGCGGAAGUUAAUAUCCGCGCUUUGUUCGAGUCAUUGGGAGACGCAGGUCAUUCCGUUGUCGUGUCUGCGCCCGCUGAGAAUCAAAGUGGCACGGGCUCAAAACAAGAGACGCCGACCACUUUGACCGAGCCUUGCGAAUUUGACAGCUGCCCAUCUGGCAGCCCAGCAGUGGGAUAUAAUGCGUCAGAGCCCCGUCUUGGCUAUGUCAACAGCUACCCUGCAACAUCCAUGAAGUAUGGAAUUGAAUCGCGCACUGCCGGAGCCGCUACCUACGCCGCUCACACGGCGGGAAUCCCCGGGAUUGCCUUCUCUGGAGCGACCGGAUCUCAAACCUCGUGGAACGCCUCCCGGCCUCAUUACAGCGAUGUUUAUGCCGAACUGGCAACCAACUUGACCAACCAGGUGGUCGCUGCUGGAAAACCGUACUUGCCCGAUGAUAUUUGGCUGAAUGUCAACUUCGGUAAAGUAUCGGACUCUGAAUGCACUGAUCCAGAGGAUUUCUCCUUCGUCUUGUCCCGCAUCCAUGUCGCAGUUCCCCUCAUCACUCCGGAUGAUGUGACCACGUGUGGCAGCUCCAGGCUCCCAAGCGAGAUCGAAGUCUCCCUAGCCUCUGGGUGCCACGCGAGUGUCUCGGUCGGACUGGCGGGCUCGAAGAAUGACGCGAAUGCCACUAUGCAGGGGGUUGUUUUGAAGAAGUUGGGUGAUUUCCUGACCUGUCUGCCCUAA